AUGCGCUCCGCUCGUUUGGAGGCCAAGUUUGGCGCAAACUCCGAACCCGACCAUGUACAUACACCGAAGCUCCCGUCUCCUCCCGGCACAAAGACCCCUCCGACAGUGUCGCAUACUCGUGCAAACGUCAACAAUGACAUCGACAACGACAACAUUGCCAACCAAAAGAAUGCAACAUCAACUUCGCGCAAAACAUCCGAAGCCGUCGACCCGGAUGCCUUGAGCAAAGCACUUCAGCAAUUCGAGGAGGCCGGCCGCAAUAGGGAACAUACUCCUGGAGAAAGUCCCAAGCGCAAAAGGCAGCGCGUCUACACAGACCGCUUUAUACCCAACAGAGCUGGCCAGGACCUCCACGCCAGCUACAACCUGCUGCACGACCAAGGCUCUCCGGCCACACCACAUCGAGCUAUCAAGAAGCCGCCUGCCAACGAGCUCCACAUGUUCAACGACGAGAUACCCCAAUCCAUCCCGCAGCACGACAAGUCACUGACACCUCCCGCCAACUCCAAUCUUACCCCUUCCACGCCGCACAAGAACCUCUUCUCGUACAAGUCUACACAUCCUACACCUUCCUUGUCACCCGUCAAAUACUCGUCACAAUCCAUGCUACUCUCGCCGCGCAAGACGCCUAGAGCUGUCAGCAAGGUUCCCUACAAAGUCCUUGAUGCCCCCGAACUGGCCGAUGACUUCUAUCUCAAUCUUGUCGAUUGGGGUUCAAGCGGUGUGCUGGCCGUUGGUCUGGGUGACAGUGUUUACCUAUGGAACAGCGAGUCCGGAAAAGUCGAACAGCUGUGCAAGUUGACGGCCGAUACCGUUACUAGCGUUGGCAGUCGCGACCGUACCAUCCUCCAUCGCGAUGUGCGUUCACCGCAACAAUACCUUACGAAGCUUGUGGGUCACAAGCAAGAAGUUUGUGGCCUGCGUUGGAACAGUGACACAAACCAGUUGGCAUCUGGUGGUAACGACAACAAAAUCUUCAUCUGGGAUGGUCUAGGCGAUCGCUGGUUGCAUCGCUGGGGCGAACAAGAAGGGGGUCACAAGGCUGCAGUAAAGGCCAUUGCAUGGUCUCCACAUCAACGUGGCUUGCUCGCGAGUGGAGGCGGUACGGCAGAUCGCUGUAUCAAGUUCUGGAACACAAUUUCCACAGCUCAGCAUUCUGCAAACGCCGCUCUGACGAGCGCAAAUUCGACACAUGCGCAUUUGGACCUUACAUCCGCCUCUUUGUCGGCAUUGCCGCAUCACGCCUCUCCUGACCCAAUGGCCUCAACACCUCAAAAUCCCCAUCUUUUGCGCACUCAUGACACCGGCUCGCAGGUCUGUAAUCUCCUCUUCUCGACUCUGACUUCGGAGCUCGUCUCGACCCACGGUUUCUCCCAGCAUGCCAUCAACAUCUGGAAAUAUCCAUCCAUGUCACAAGUGGUCAGCUUGACCGGUCACACAUAUCGUGUACUCUACCUCAGCAUGAGCCCCGAUGGCAGUGUGAUUGUUACUGGAGCUGGAGACGAAACACUACGCUUCUGGGACGCUUUUGGCGGCGUUGGCAAAGCCAACAGGAACGAUAACAGCGUGACAGGCAAGGGAAGUCUUGUCAAGGAGUGGAACGUGAUUCGGUAA